AAGCAAUUUAAAAGAUACAGACACAAGUGCUUCGACGCUGGAGACCAACCUUGACAAGUUCCGACAGAGUUAUGUGGCCGAAAUUAUCAACACCUCAGAUCUUGAUAAACAAUUGGUGGUAAUUGAUGACAUUGUUCUGCAAUAGAAGCAUUUGCAAGGCCUCACCAUGACAGAUGUAGGCGAAGAUGACAAAUGGUUGGGUGACGAAUUGGUUGAUGCUGUGAUUCAGAUCAUGCGUCAUGAUCAUCCUAAUGACAUAAGGGAUGGGCAGCUGGUUUACAUUGAGAUGGUGGCCGGUGUCGCUAUGCUCGAAAGAGAUGGUAAGGUAGAGAACUGCCACGAGGCCGCGUUGGCGGGCAGUCAUGGAACAACAAAAGGAGACAACUACCUCAGACAUGAUCUGGUUUUACUGCCUACGAACAUGGCGAACACCCACUGGUUCCUUGUGGUCGUAAACCCCAGAAGGAGGGAGAUUCAGAUUCUUGAUUCACUUUUCGGCUACCUAGAACGCACACAAGUGGUUCGCGUGAUACGUGGGGUGGAAGCACAUCUGAGAGCAUCGCUGCGAAUCAAUGGACCACAAAGCCAUGCAUGGCAAGACAUUAACGUGACCCAAUGGACAGUAAAGCAUGUGCGUGUGCCAAGACAAGAUGACAAUUCUUCUUGUGCACUCUACAUGCUGAAGAACAUCGAAUUCUUUAUGGGAGAAGAUCUUAGACUGCAUUAUGACCAAGCAUACAUCGACAAUUAUAGAAGAGAGCUGCCUGUUGUCCUUCUUAAUUCGACCUACAACAAAUUGAAGUCCAUGAAAAGGCUGAAGAGUACAAUGCUAGCCUAUCGGAUGCAACUGCAAUUGAAGAUCAUGAAGAUGCAAGCAUUUAAUCCAGCAAUGGUCCAUUCUUAGAUAUGGAGUGUACAUUUGGUUAUGAAGCGAUAGAGUAGGGUGUGGUUUGGUUUUAGUCCCGAAGAAGGUUUCCUAGCCAUGUUCUUAGUCCAUUGCGGAUUAAUCAAGUUGUAAUACUUCACAGUACUGGUUCCAAAUACUAUUCUUCAAAUAAA